AUGUCCAAGAGUAUCGUAAAUAGUGUUCCCUACCCCUUUCACUUUGGAAAGAAUCAGGUUCAAAAGCCCGGAAAAGCCGGAGAGCUGGAAAAUGUCAACGUUGCCUUGUCAAAUGUCCGUGGCAGGACCCCCUCUAUUCAAGCCUCGCGUCUGCGCACCAUGAUGAUUGAAGCAUCAAAGAGCCCAGAAAAGAUUCUUGCUCACUGCUGCACGUACGAUGGUCUGACUUCGCGGCUGGUCGAGGAAGCCGGGUUCCCCGCGAUAUUCUUGGCCGGUUAUGCUGUGGCCAGUUCCUACGGUCUGCCUGAUACCGGGUAUAUUGCCAUGGCCGAAAUGUGCGACAAGAUCCAAGAGGCCGCUCGGCAGACCACGAUUCCCAUCAUGGUCGAUGGCGAUACCGGCUACGGAAGUCCGCUCAAUGUCAAGAGAACAGUACAGAGCUUCGCCAAAGCUGGUGCUGCCGGUAUCAUGAUCGAGGACCAGACCUGGCCGAAACGCAAGUCACAUGGCUGCGGACACACAAAGGGAAAAUCAGUCGUGUCGAGAGGUGAGGCGUAUGCUCGGAUCCAGGCGGCCUGCGACGCUAGAGAUGAGGGUCAGGAUAUCUUUAUUCUGGCACGCACAGAUGCUCUUAUCCUUGGCUGGGAGGAAGCCAUUACGAGGGGCCUCGAAUUCAAGCGCAUUGGAGUUGACGCCGUCUUUGUUGAGGCUCUACCGGAUCGAGCUGCCAUGGCCAGAUGUGUCAAGGAGCUUGACAUGCCCGUCUUUGCCAACAUCAUUGAAGGCGGACAAACGGAGAAUCUAUCAGCAAAGGAUCUUGCCGAGCUCGGCUUCUGCGCAGUUGCCUACCCGUGGACUCUUGUAGCUGCCCACCUGAAGAGCGUCCGUGAGGCUCUCGAAGCACUCAAGCAGAGCAUGACUAUCGGUGCUCCUCCAAUGAUUUUGUCCUACUCGGAAGUAUGUGAGGGCGUUGGAUUCAACAAAUACUGGGAUGAAGAAGAACGAUACAAAUUCGAUGAUGAUGAUCUCUUCUCAAAACCUGCUCGUAGACCUGCGCAUUAA